UAGGGUCGCUAUGAGUUGGAAUCAACUAGACAGCAACGGUUUUGGGUUUUUGUUUUUGUUUUUGGCUUUUAUGACAGUUUGCAGUUUCCCAAACUCCUUUCUCAUCUAUGAGAAAAUAUAUCAAGCUAGGGAUACAUUGUUUGGAACUAAUUAGUUCCAAGAUACAAAUGGGAUGAACCUGAUCAGGAGUACACUGGUCUAGGGUAGGGAGAAGCCUCUGUUUUUAACAAGAGAAAGCAGAGGUAAGAGACAGGAAAUAUUGACGGGUGAGUGUCAGUUUGCUGAAGAGAAAAAAAAGAUAAGGUUGACAGCUGGGAGUCACAUUUUAAAAUGGAGAAAGAAAAGAGGUUGAAUCAAGUAGGUGGGUGCGGAGGGGAAGACGGAGUAUGCCAAGAUGGGUUAAACCUGGAGGUAGGGUUUAAUAUGAGAGUAAAUGUCAGGCCAGGGAUGCCAAAAAAUUAAACCUCCAACUAAUAUUUUUCUUUUCUCUGCCCCUCCUCCUAUCCCCAAGUUAAAUAAUGGCAGAGACGGGUCUGUUAGAGGCUGGGGCCUCUGCAGCGUCCACGGUUGCAGCUCUGGAGAACUUACAGGUGGAGGCAAGCUGCUCUGUGUGCCUAGAGUACCUGAAGGAGCCUGUCAUCAUCGAGUGUGGGCACAACUUCUGCAAAGCUUGCAUCACACGCUGGUGGGAGGACCUGGAGAGGGACUUCCCUUGUCCUGUGUGUCGAAAAACAUCCCGCUACCGCAGUCUCCGUCCCAAUCGGCAACUAGGCAGCAUGGUGGAAAUUGCCAAGCAGCUCCAGGCUGUCAAGAGAAAGAUCCGGGAUGAGAGCCUCUGCCCCCAGCACCAUGAGGCCCUCAACCUCUUCUGCUAUGAGGACCAGGAGCCUGUAUGUUUGAUAUGUGCAAUUUCCCACACGCACCGGGUCCACACUGUUGUGCCACUGGACGAUGCCACACAGGAGUACAAGGAAAAGCUACAGAAGUGCCUGGACCCCCUGGAGCAGAAGCUGCAGGAUAUCACCCGCUGCAAGUCCUCUGAGGAGAAAAAGCCUGGAGAGCUCAAGAGACUGGUGGAGAGUCGCCGGCAGCAGAUCUUAAGGGAGUUUGAGGAGCUUCAUAGGCGAUUGGAUGAAGAACAGCAAAUGUUGCUUUCUCGACUGGAGGAGGAGGAACAGGAUAUUCUGCAGCGACUCCGAGAAAAUGCUGCUCACCUCGGGGACAAGCGCCGGGACCUGGCCCACUUGGCUGCCGAGGUGGAGGGCAAGUGCUUACAGUCGGGCUUCGAGAUGCUUAAGGAUGUCAAAAGUACCUUGGAAAAAUGUGAGAAAGUGAAGACCAUGGAGGUGACUUCCAUAUCCAUAGAGCUGGAGAAGAACUUCAGCAAUUUCCCCCGACAGUACUUUGCUCUGAGGAAGAUCCUUAAACAGCUCAUUGCGGACGUGACCCUGGACCCUGAGACUGCUCAUCCUAACCUAGUCCUGUCGGAAGAUCGUAAAAGUGUCAAGUUUGUGGAGACAAGACUCCGGGAUCUCCCUGACACACCACGACGUUUCACCUUCUACCCUUGCGUCCUAGCUACUGAAGGUUUCACUUCAGGUCGACACUACUGGGAGGUGGAGGUGGGCGACAAGACCCACUGGGCAGUGGGUGUGUGCCAGGACUCCGUGAGCCGAAAGGGCGAGCUAACUCCACUCCCUGAGACUGGCUACUGGCGGGUGCGGCUGUGGAAUGGGGACAAAUAUGCAGCCACUACCACACCUUUUACCCCUUUGCACAUCAAAGUGAAACCCAAGCGGGUUGGCAUAUUCUUAGACUAUGAGGCUGGCACGCUGUCUUUUUACAACGUCACAGACCGCUCUCAUAUCUACACCUUCACUGACACUUUUACUGAGAAACUUUGGCCCCUCUUCUACCCAGGCAUCCGGGCUGGUCGGAAGAAUGCUGCGCCACUUACCAUUAGGCCCCCUACAGAUUGGGAGUGACAGGUAGGUAGGGACAUGGAAAUAACUGGGGUAAGGCAAGGUCAAGAGCUAUGGGCCUUCCUUCCUGUGUCCUGCUGGAACGUCGUCCUGUCUGCCUGGUUCCAGUCCUGAAUCGUCUAGGAGAAACACCUUGGUUUCUAGGAUGGUUUGUGUGGAGGAGUAGGGCUGGGCUCGGAUGAGAGCAAAUGCGUCCUCCUCCUGACUGUUGGGGUGAGGAGCUGGUUCCCGGGGAUUGCCUCCCCUGAAGUCCAUCAGAUUUUCUGUGGCACAAGGACGGAUUGGGAAGGAAGGAGAGGCUUUUCCAGAAACAAAAAGCCGAUAGGGGAGUCUGUCUUCCUCAAGCUGGAGGAGGAAACAGAAAGCUGUAUACCUCCUUUUAGGGGGUUCUUUGACCCAGAACAGUCUUGUUUCUUGAGGAAAAUCAUAGAGGUCUGUGUACCUCUAGGUUGAAUGAAGAUGAAUGACAGUUGCUCUCAUGGUUCUAGAAGUUGAGGAUGAUUUCUGGUGCAGCAAUUGGGCAUUAAUGUUAGAAGGAAGGUUAGGGAAGGGAGUUUCUUUGGUUUUCUAUUCCCAGGCUAAGGUUACCAUUAUGAGUAGGAUUGGCCAGAAGUCAGAAUGUGCUAAGGGAAUCAGGGAGAGGGAGAGGGGGUGGGAAGAAAGAACAGGAGAACUCAGGUCCCUGCCCAGCCUUUCAGCAGAGCUGACUUAUUGCCUGCCUCCUUAUAGUUGAUUGUCUCCAAGGAGUCAGUCACCUUGCUUCUCUUCAGAGGCGAGAUGGAAGAGAUUCUGCAGACAUGUGUACCCUUUCACUGCUUUCCCAAAAGAACUGGGAAGGGAGAGGGUCAGGUACUAGAGGAAAGAGAAAGGUAUUUCCAUCCAAAGUUCUGGCCUUAAGGCUAUUAAGUAGUUUAUUCUCAAGUUGUCAGUCUUGUUACCUGGCUGAGGUGUCCAAGCCAGAAAGGAAGAAAGGUGAUGGAGUCUUUCUCACCCUAAGGAUGGGUAGAAAAGGAUGGUAUGUGUAGAGAAGGCUGGAUAGGCAACUCCCUUUCACCUAUGUGCACUUGGCCUGGAACUCGUAUUCAGAAGAGCCAGCCUUUUGCUUGUUUGUUGCCGACGUUCACCCUUUGCCAUUUCUCUUUUGAGAAGGCAAAUUAUUUUAAUAUUAGGCCCAAAUAAGCACGCUGCAGAGUACAUAUGUUGUCAAAAAAAGGUAAAGUGAUGCAUGCCAAACCAAACUAAAACGACUUGGAUUAUCUCCGCUUGGAUAAUCAAGAGUUGACAGAAGAUUGGGACAAGAGACUGAAAUUUACUGAGGGCAUUUCAGCUCCUCCUCCCACCUUAGUAGGACUCUGUCCAGACUCUUCUCCUCUUACCUUUGUGCCUUGACUGUGGUUCUUUGUGGCAAGAUACUUUGGUUCAUUGAAAUAAUAUGGAGCAAAGGACCCACUGAAGUGACCUGUGUUGUGUGGUAAUUUGGCAGUGGCAUGGUGUUGAUGUCUGUAAUAAUCACUGGGGUGUUAAAAAUGCAUGUUCCUAGGUCUAACCCUCAGUGAAUGAUCAAGGUUUGGGGGGGCCCUGGGCAUCUGCAUUUGAAACACACUCCUCCCAGCUGAGUCUGGGGACC